AUGACCAGUUCUCAACAGAAACAAAUACUUGUGAAUGUCGAGAACGAGGUGGUCACCAUAACUUUAAAUAGGCCAGAACGCGGAAAUUCUCUGAACUCUUCCAUGGUCUUCGAACUUCUUGAUGCUUUCAAUUCCGCAAUAGUCGAAAAAUCCAUACGCGUCAUUGUUCUAACGGGUGCUGGCAAAUUUUUUUGUACGGGAUUAGAUUUAAAGAUCGGAAACAAGUCAAUAGAAGAGGCUUCUGAAAUUUUCGAAGUGGGACUUCGCUUAUAUCAAACAAUAAAAGAAUGUCCUAAACCCGUGAUUGCUAGAAUAAAUGGACCUGCAUUGGGUGGCGGAAUCGGUUUGAUAUUUACUACAGAUUUAAGAAUUGCUGUGAGCGAUGCUUAUUUUUCCUUUUUGGAAGUUAAAAGAGGCCUUAUCCCGGCCAUCAUUUCACUGUACAUAGUACCCGAGAUUGGCACAUUUAAGGCGAAGCAGUAUAUGUUAAGUGGUGAAAAGGUCACGGUCGAUCAGGCGGUUUCGGAUAAGUUUUUAACUUGUGUCGUUAAGAAUUUAAAAUGCUUGGAUGAUAAAGUAGCCCAAUAUGCUGAAGAACUUUUAUCCAGCGCGCCCGGUGCGAUGGGUACUAUCAAAAAGUUAACAAAUGUCAUUGGAUCCUCGUCAACUGAUGAACUUAAAAAGCAGCAUGUUAAGCAAACGUUUUUGGAAAUGCUGGAUUCUGAAGAGGCCGCCUAUGGUAUGAGCUCGUUCGGCCAAAAGAAAAAGCCGGACUGGUCAAA